UCCUCCUACCUGUAAGGAGGAGGUGGAGUUCUGCGCCAUUGGAUGUUAGAUAUUUCACAAUGGCUACAACCACUACCAGAAGAAACGUAAAGGCUGACGAAGCCAGUGGUGACAAGUACUCUGUGCUGUUGCCGACGUAUAAUGAACGGGAUAACUUGCCACUGAUCGUCUGGCUGCUGGUGAAGUAUUUCGGAGAAAGUGGGUAUAACUAUGAAAUUAUUAUAAUUGAUGAUGGAAGUCCAGAUGGAACAUUAGAAGUUGCUGAGCAAUUGCAGAAAAUCUAUGGAUCAGACAAGAUCCUGCUUCGUCCUAGAGAAAAAAAAUUAGGUUUGGGAACUGCAUAUAUCCAUGGAAUGCAACAUGCCUCUGGGAAUUUCAUUAUUAUCAUGGAUGCUGACCUAUCUCACCAUCCAAAGUUCAUACCUGAAUUCAUCAGAAAACAGAAGGAAAGUAACUUUGAUAUUGUGUCCGGUACUCGCUAUAUUGGGAAUGGAGGUGUUUAUGGAUGGGACUUGAAAAGAAAAUUGAUAAGCCGAGGAGCCAAUUUUGUUACCCAGGUUUUGCUAAGACCAGGUGCCUCUGACCUAACAGGGAGCUUCAGACUCUACAAGAAAGAAGCUCUUCAGAAGCUAAUAGAGAAAUGUGUAUCAAAGGGUUACGUCUUUCAGAUGGAGAUGAUUGUUCGGGCACGACAAUUGAAUUACACCAUUGGGGAGGUUCCUAUUUCAUUUGUGGAUCGUGUCUAUGGAGAAUCGAAACUAGGAGGCAAUGAAAUAGUGUCAUUUUUGAAAGGACUGUUAACUUUAUUUGCAACAACGUGAUUCAUGUUGAAAACUCAUUGUUUGCAGUAUCUGUUAGUGGAAUAUUAAAAAUGCUCUCUUGCUCUCGAAAGUAAGUUAUAAACUACAGCUGACCAAAUUUAAAA